UGUGCAACUAUUAUGACUUUUAGUCAAGAACAACACCCAAGACCAUUAAUGACCCGCAUAAGGCAAACCGAGAUGUCAGAGUAUUGCCAUCAACACUGGCUUACGAAGCUUUGUUUUAUUGUUAUUAUGUUUUUGUGCAUACAAUCUGCAGAUGGCGACUCAGAUUGGAUGCAAAACUGCGGCGUUUGCCAUUGUAAUUGGAAUUCGGGUAAGAAGACAGCAGAUUGCAAAAAUUUAACAAUAACUGCAAUACCUGAUGACCUGAGUAGUGAGCUACAAGUUAUUGACUUCUCGCAUAACAUAAUACCCGAACUGCGCAGAGAAGAGUUUAUUGAAGCAAAUAUACAAAACUUACAUAAAAUUUUUCUCAAGAAUUGCACCAUACAGGCAGUAAAUCGCGAUGCCUUAAAAGGCUUACCUAUACUCAUCGAAUUGGAUUUAUCGCAUAAUUUCAUUAAAGUACUGCAUGUGGGCACUUUCAAAGGAUUGGCUAAGUUGCGUAAUUUAGUUAUGAAUAAUAAUCAAAUCGAGAUUUUGGAGAAUUAUCUAUUUGCCGAUUUGCCAUUUCUAUCGCGUGUAGAAUUUAAAGAUAAUCGUCUCAAACGUGUAGAGAUACACGCUUUCACUCAGUUGCCAGUUUUAAAAUCUGUUUACUUAGAAUCAAAUCAUCUGACAGUACUGAGUAAGGAGACGUUUUUAUAUAUGCCAAAAUUGAUACAUCUCUCCUUGGCUGCGAAUCGUUGGAACUGUACAUGCGAGCUUCAAGAGUUUCGCGAUUUUGCCAUAGCUAAUCGCCUGUACACUCCGCCUACCGACUGCAACGAGCCGCCACAAUUAAGCGCUAAAUUGUGGAAUGAAGUGCCCUCGGAGAAUUUCGCCUGCAAACCACGCAUUUUGGGCUCCGUUCGUUCUUUUGUCGAAGCUCAAUCGGAUAACAUUACACUGCCGUGUCGCAUAGAGGGCUCGCCGCGACCAAAUGUUACUUGGCUGUACAAUAAACGCGCCAUCAAUCCCAAUGAUCCGCGCUUUCGUAUUUUGAACUCAGCUGAACAACAUCGUACAGAGAAUGCCAACACUUUCAAUUCAGAACUGCGCAUUUUUGGAGUACGCUCUUCCGAUAAAGGUUCUUAUACAUGCAUAGCAGAUAACCGUGGUGGUCGAGCAGAAGCUGAAUUUCAACUACUCGUCAACGGCGAUUAUUAUAGCGCUUUAGAUGGCACUGGCGGCAUGAGUGGUGUCGGUGGAAUAGGAACAGUGCAAACUGAUUCCCAAUCAAACAUUUUGCUCGUCAUUUGUCUGAUUGUAAUCACAUUAUUGUUAUUAUUAAUUGUUGUGGUGCUUGUCAUCUGUUGGUAUUGCCGUCGAAUUAAAACUUAUCAAAAGGAUUCGACCAUGCUAAGUGAAAAUGGUUUAAUUUCUUCCAAGUUAGACAAAACUCACAAUAGUUCUAUGCUAGAAGGCUCCGUUAUUAUGGAAAUGCAAAAAAGUCUGCUGACAGAAGUUAAUCCCGUAGAAAAGCCACCUCGACGAACCGAAUUAGAGACUAUAGAUAGCGGUGGCGGCAGCAGUGACGAUGGCCAUGAGAUAAAAAAAACUUUACUGGAUGAAACACAAUUUGGAAAUCAUCAAUCACGUGAUGACGAAACUCAUUCAGUGUCUCACUCGGACGUUACUGCUACACCACGUUCCCGUCACACCUAUAUUGACGAUACGUAUGCUACUAGUUUGCCACCCGAUUUGUUAGCUUUUCCAGCUCGUGUACCACCCACAUCACCCUCAAUGCAAUCUUCGCAAUCCAAUAUACCUGAACAAAUUAUCUAUGGUAUACGUUCGCCACCAUUAACAAGCCCAGUAUAUGCUCAUAUGACACCACACGGUAUUUAUGGUACAACAGCUAUGACUGCCGCUACACCAAACGGUUUCAUGACGUUGCAACACCCGAAAACACGUAAUUUAGCAUUGAUUGCUGCCGCAAAUAGUCGUCAACAGCAGUCACCUUUUGUGCCAGCACCGGUCGUCUAUUCACCGUCUGCCACAACGGCGGUUGUAAUGAAACAAGGUUAUAUGACAAUACCGCGUAAACCGCGUGUACCCAGCUGGGCACCCUCCUCCUCGGCUACACACUCCACACAAUUGGGCGAAUUCCAAUCGCCCACAUCGCCUAAUCCAAGCGAAACGGGCACGGCAGCCACCGCUGAACUAACAGCCGAACCUGUCUAUGAUAAUUUAGGUUUACGAACCACAGCAGGUGGCAGUUCAACAUUGAAUUUGAACAAAAGCCAAUUACAAGAACUGCCGGUACGUUAUAAUAUGAGAGAUCGACCGUUGCCGGCUACUCCUAGUUUAACAUCGGUAAACUGCAGUCAAAUGCAACAACAACAACAACAGCAGCAGCAGCAACAGCAGCAACAGCAACAACAACAACAACAACAACAACAACAACAACAGCUUUCACAACCACUGAAACAGCAACAAUUACAUCAACAGCAAGCGACAAGUGUCGCAAAUAUUUCGACUGGCACGGCGUCUGCAAGUAAAAUCUACGAACCCAUACAUGAACUGGUCAAUCAGCUAAAUCAGACAACGACGUCGGACACGGAGCCGCUUUAUGGAACAGCAAGACAUCACGCCGGCAUGAAAAUUGUGCCCAGUAAUAAUAACAGCACAAACAUUAAUAAUAAUAAUAUCAGCAACAGCAAUAACAACAAUAAUAACAACAACAGCAUUCUUACAAACAAUAGCGCAUCAUCAUCCUGCGUGGAAGCGAAAUUGGCAAAAAUACCACCACGACCACCACCAAAACCGAAAAAGAAAAUGUCCGUAACGGCAUCACGUAAUGGCCAGGGUAGCACAAGUCAACUGUUCGAUGACGAAGGUGAAGAUGUCAGAAAUAUCUAUACGAGGUUUAAUAUCGCACAUAUGUUUGUUCUCGAUCGGCGCAAAAUGAUGAGUUAGUUUUUCCAUGUCCGUCCAUCGGCCCACUUGCUUUUCGAGCUUUCGAACAAAGAUGAAAAAAAUUGAAUUGAAAUCUGAAAUAUGUGGGUGCAACCUAUAUUCCCAUUUCAAUUCAAGAAUUCGUGUGAAUACUAAGUAUAAAAAUAAACAAGAAAAAAACUUAAAAAUGAAUAGAAGAAAUUUGAAAAUAUUGUAAUUGAUAAAUGAUAUCCCACGACAAAUACUGAUCUGAAAUUUUGUACAACAAUAUAAUAUGCAAUUUUUAUACAUUGACUUAAGGUACGUGUGGGCAUCCAGGAUUUUCUUGCUUGUUUUCUCAUAUGUUUAAUUUAAAGCCCGAUUUAUGUGCCAAAUGACUGAUGCAUAGUUUCUAGGAAAUUUUAAAGCAACUUAACUUUUUUUACUUAAAAAAAACAUUUUCUAUUUUUUUUAUUUUUUAUUAAA